AUGAAGGAUGAUGAUCAAGUUGCAGCAGAAACAAGUGUCUCACCAAAUGAUAAACAUCAAAUGCAAUCCAAGAAUAAUUCCAACACUUGCAGCUAUUGUGGGAAGAAUAUGGUCUGUAAAAGUGCAUUGGUCAUUCACAUUCGAAAACAUACUGGUGAAAAACCAUAUCAAUGUGAGCAGUGUGCAAAACAAUUCACCCAGGCACAGUCUUUGAAAGAUCACGUAAGGACACACACUGGUGAAAAAUGCCAAUGUAACUUGUGUGAGAAAACAUUUUCUUGGAUUGGUCACUUCAAUGAACUUAAGAAAUUUCAUAAGACAGGAGGUCAUGAAUGCAAUAUUUGUCACAAAAAAUUCACUAGUCGAGGAAAUGCAGCUGUGCAUACGAGUACACACACUGGUAAAAAGCCUUUUCAAUGUGAAUAUUGUAUAAAAUCUUUUAGUUGUAAAGGUAAUAAGGACAUCCACAUGCAAAUUCAUGAAGGUCAAAAACCAUACCUCUGCGAGAUGUGUGGAAGAAGAUUCACACAGAAGUCCAGUCUUAACCAUCAUAUGAAUACUCAUACAGGUGAGAAACCAUAUCAAUGUACAAUCUGCCAAAUGAGAUGGGCUGAACAACAUAGUAUGAACGUACAUAUUAAAACUGUACAUACAGGUGAACGACCAUAUGAAUGUACUCGGUGUGGAAGACAAUUUGUUCAGAAGAGGGGUUUAAAGCGCCAUAUUGCCACACAUAUUCCUGUUGGCACACAAUAUCAAUGUAAGUUAUGUGGGCUUAAAUGCAGGAACAAAACUGACUUGGAAUCACAUGUUGGAAGACACAAUGGUGAAAAACCAUUUCAUUGUCCAUCGUGUAAUGAGCAUUUCGUUUAUAAAAAUCAACGAGAUCGUCAUAUACAGAAAUCACAUAGUCGUGAGUAUCCCCAUCAUUGUAAAUGUUGUGGAAAGAGAUAUCAAAAUAAAACAAGUCUAAAAUUACAUGUAAAAAAACAUCCAAGGGAAUCCCCAUACGAAUGUCUUGUCUGUGGAAAGAAGUAUAUUUAUGAAAGUAAUAUGGAAUUCCACAUGAAGAAACAUUCAUCUGAAAACAAAUUUACUUGCAAGAACUGUAAUGCAAAGUUUGACAGAAAGUUUGAUUUCGAAACUCACUUGAAAGAAAAUCACAGAUCACAAAAGCAGAUUGACAAACUUAAAUCAAAACCAGUAUAUUACCUUAGAAGUCAGAUGACAAGGAAAAUGUACCCUGUAAAACUAAUGAACACUAAACAUUUGCAAAUAGAUGCAGAAUCAAGUACAAGGUCAUCUAGAAAGCUCAAAAGAGAUCGAUUGUCUGAAUAUAUGGGACAUAAAGGUGCAAUGAACGCAGGCAGUAAAAUUGAUGUGAUGCUUACAAAUGCAAGUAAAUGUCAGCGAAAAGCAACAUCUACAAAUCCUACAGGAACUGCUAAAACUCAGUCAACCUACAACUUGAGAAAAUCGACUAUAAUACUGAAAGAAGCAGCACCUCAAAUAUCAGCUGAUAAUUUUAAAAGGAAAACGAUUGUCCAAACAUGUGUAGAGACAUUACAUAAUCAGGAGAAAACAAGUUUAGAGGAGAGCAGUAAAUUAACUGCAACACUAAACUAUGGCAAGCAAGCAGUAGAAGAAUUGAAGACAGAUGCGUCAUCUGGUAAAUACGAGUCAGAGGAGCAUUACAAUGAAGACACUAAGGCCAUGUCAUGUGAUAUUAUUUUUGCAAAGAAAAAUGGCAACUUUCACAAUAUUCUAGAUAAUGUUCCCAUCAAACUAUUUAAUUCUAUCCAUGUAAGAGAUAAUUUGGGGAAUGGUGAUGAUGUAACAAAAUCACUCUCAAAUACUAAUGAUAGCUAUCCCGUUUAUAUGUUAGAGAAAAUUGAAGAAAUAUUUUCAACAAAAUGGGGAGUUGAAAUGUUUCAAGUGGUUUUCAAACCGUAA